CUUUUAACAGGCAGGUGCCCCGCCAGUUCCAGCCCAAAGCCUUGCUCUGACUUUUUAAAAAAGGCUUCAUCCAACGUUUACUUACUCGACGAGGCUUUUUUCUAAACGGUAUAAAUAGAGCAUCAUCGCUGCAACUGAACUGAACUCACAUCAGGCUCACUCGCAGGCUCAGGCACGUGUGACGCGUUUUUUUUUUUUUUUUUUUUUUUUGCCCUUGUUUUUCCACCUACCUUUAUUUUUAUUUUAUUUUAUUUUUAAUUGAAUGAGUAGAAAUAUAUAUAUCCAUAUAUCUCUUUCUUAAUCUUCAUCACUGGGUGCGCUGCGUUCAGCUCUGGAGAUGUGGUGGAUGCUGUUUCCACGCUGGAUCUGGUUCCUGGCGUGUGUGUCAGUGUGGAUGGAGCUCCAGGUCGGAGCUUUGCCUCACAUCACCUAUUCACAUGCGGGCAUCUGCCCCAAUGACAUGAACCCCAACCUGUGGGUGGAUGCUAUGAGCACCUGUACAAGAGAGUGUGAAUCAGAUCAGGAGUGUGAGUCCUUUGAGAAGUGUUGCCAAAAUGUUUGUGGGAAUCGGAGUUGUGUGGCAGCGCGUUAUGUGGACGGAAAGAAGGGCCCCAUGGGGAUGCCCAAGGAGGCGACUUGUGCCAGUUUCAUGUGCACCCAGCAGGGCUCUGAGUGUGACAUCUGGGACGGCCAGCCGGUGUGCAAAUGCCGGGACCGCUGUGAGAGGGAGCCACACUUCACCUGCGCCUCCGACGGCAUGACCUACUACAACAGGUGCUACAUGGAUGCCGAGGCGUGCUCCAAGGGAAUCACCCUCUCCGUCGUCACGUGCCGCUUCCACCUCACCUGGCCCAACACGAGCCCGCCACUGCCCCAGGCGACCACUCUUCGCCCCACCACCGCUCCCCUACAGGCGACCAUCCCGCCUCCCACUGAGCCCCAGCCGCCCAUGGUGGUCAGCAGCCCCGCUCACCAGGCUGUAAAUGUGGGUGAUACAGCCAGCUUUGUGUGUGACGUCAUCGGCCGUCCCCGGCCUGACGUCACCUGGGAGAAGGAGCUGCCGGAUGGCGUAGACAGGGCUGUCAUGAGGCCCAAUAACGUGCUGGGGAACAUGGUUGUCACGAACAUCGGCCAGCUGGUCAUCUACAACGCCCAGCCUCGUGAUUCAGGUAUCUACAUCUGCACAGCUAGGAACCCGUCCGGAUCAGUGCAGGCCAGCCACCCGCUCACUGUGCUGCCUGCAGAGAUGGUCAGAACCCCCGAGCCCAAGAACCUGACUCGCUGCCUGCCUGAAGAGUGCGUGAAACCCCCUGACAGCCCAGAGGACUGUGGGGGUGAGCUGGAGAAAGUCAGCUGGUACUACGAGCCCAAGACCAACAACUGCUUCUCCUUCACACACUGCCAUAGCCACCACGACAGCCAGCAGCCCGGGAAGGUGUUCGAGCGAUAUGAGGAGUGCAUGCAGUGCUGUGGUCCGGAGCUGUCCGGCCCCUGCGGACUCCCCAGCCUACAGGGCCCUUGCAAGGCGUAUGAGCCCCGGUGGGCUUACAGCAGCACCCUGCGAAAGUGUCAGUCCUUCAUUUACGGAGGCUGCGAGGGCAACGACAACAACUUUGAAUCCAAAGAAGCAUGCGAGGAGAUGUGUCCCUACCCAAAAAACCACCACUGCAAGGCCUGCAAACCAAGAGGUAAGAUAGUGACAAGCUUCUGCCGGAGCGACUUUGUCAUCUUGGGACGCAUGACAGAGUUGACGGAGGAGAGGGACUCGGGUCACGCCCUAGUGACUGUGGAAGAGAUCCUCAAAGACGAGAAGAUGGGUCUCCGCUUCUUUGGGAAGGAGCCUCUCGAGGUCACUUUCCUGAACAUGGACUGGAACUGCCCGUGUCCAAACAUCACGGGCGCUGCCGCAGAGGGCCAGGUCAUCAUCAUGGGCAACGUCAACGACGGCAUGGCCGUCCUCCAGCCAGAGAGCUACGUGGGCGCCUCCAGUCCUCGCCGGGUACGGAAACUGAAAGAGGUCAUCUCCAAGAACACGUGUGACAUUCUCAAAGCGAUCACAAACAGCCCUCAGUAGGGUCAGUGCUGUCACCUGCACGUAAAGUUCAGUUAGGAACCCUGACUUGACUGUAACAAACUGUUAUCAGUAACGUUUUAAGCUUUUGCGCUACAUUUAUGGAUUUCCUUCUGUUUUUGAAAGUGUUUAGUUUUAGUUCCUGAUAAGAUUCUGUGUCACAUGACAUUUCGUGUAUUUUCCUGUGAUCUGUUUGCAGCGGAGCCUUUUCUGUUGUUGAUUGAUAUACCAUGUCCGCACGCAUCCAUCAUGAUCGUCUAGUUACUUUAAUCCUCCAGACUCUGUCUCCCCUCGUGCCCUCUCCUGCCUCCAGCAGAAAUGAAGCUCGGAGACUUCAAAAAAGUAAAAAAAAGAUAAAACAGACACGAUGGAGUUCGACAUUCAUGUACAUAUCUGUCUGUUGGUGUUUGUACCUGAUGCUGACAUUACAUACUUUGCUCUAUAUUCCAAACCAGCUCAUUAGGAGUGUGACACCCAAAAUGAAUAAGUUGUAAUAUAUUUUUAACAGCUAUAGUUUCCCACAAUCAGGCAUUCGUUUUGUUUUUCAUCUACUUCCUCUUAUUUCUUGGGUAUUUAUUAUCAAGUAAGCUUUGUUUUUGUACCUCACAUCCUCCCUGAGAUAAGGUGGAAUUUUGUAUAAUUCAGUGUGUGUGCAGCAAAUAAAGUUUUUUGGGGUUUUCUUCCGUC